GCUUGCUUUCGAGGCCAUUUUUAAGAUCAAGCUGUUCGGUGUCGCUUCCAUCAUGCAACCGUCGGAUUACAUACAAUAGUUGCCUAUAGCAACUACAAGGUCCUCAUUUGUUUACUACAGCCAUGAAGUUGUGUAGGGACCAUACACAGCUUGCAUCAGGAAUGUAGUAUGCAUCCACGUUGGCAGUCGAGCGAUUAAUUGUUAUCGAAGUUUCCUUUGUGGUUGUAGCUAUGCCAGAGCUGUGUCUGUGACAAGCCGUCGGGGUAGCGCCCCUAAAGGCACGUGAUGGAUGGAGUAUAAGAGUGGCACCCAUUGGAGUCGCGCUUGGACACAGUGCUUACUUACUCAACUCACAAUUGACCAUAACCCCCAUCGUAUCUUGUAUGUCUCAGUCUCAGCUACCCUUGCCAGAUGGUUGGAUCCAGGAGUAUGACUCUCAACAGAAGCACCCAUUCUGGGUUGAUACAACGGCAAAGCCACCACGGGCAAUAUGGGUGCACCCCUAUGAAGACGAGCAGUUCCUUUCUGAGAAUCCAGAUAUCAAAGCAAAAGUAGAAAAGCUCAAAGGAGAAUCUUUGGACGAGCCCCCUCCGUACGAAAAGCGACGUCAUUCAUUCAGUGGGGGAGAGGCGGCCGGCCCACUUCACACCAAUGCCAAGUCUUCCGGGAGUGCAGUCUCGCCAUCAAUCGACGAGCGCAAUGAGGAGCGAAAACGCGGGAUGUUCGGGAAGCUGAAAGAUAAGGCUAUUGGUACGAAGGAAGAGCGCGAGGCACACAAGAAGCAAAAAGCUGAAGAACGUGCGCGUGAGGAAGAGCUGCGUCGUGAGGCACGGAGACGAAAUUUGGAGGAACGUGCUGCGUACAUGCAGCAACAUGGUGGUUAUCCGCCGUACGGUGGUUAUGGUUACCCAGAUUACUCGGGCGGCUCUUAUGGUCAGAGUCGGUAUGGCCCACCUGCAGGUGACCCAUAUGGAUACAAUGACGGUCAGUAUGGAAGAGCGUCUGGAAGUCGGCGUGGAGGGUUUGGAGGGGGAAUGGCAUUACCUUUAUUGGGUGGAUUGGCAGGUGGACUUUUACUUGGGGAUAUGCUUGACGGAGGAUUUGGCGGUGGUGGAUUUGGUGGCGGAGGAUUUGACGGAGGAUUUGGUGGUGGGGGUUUCUUUUAAUUUUGUUAUGAUAUACCCUACGAUGUAUAGCAUGUACAUUAAUCGUGACAUCGAAUGUGGGAACUAUGGUACUUUGUAUUUUGAGGAGGGACUCGACGUAGCUAGCUACGCAUCUUGAAGAGCAACGUGCACGAGCAACUUUCAUGGCUAGGGUGCUGCCUUCAUCGCUAACCCCGCACAUAUGCAUCCUUCCUUCUCAAGACCUUGAAGAGCUCCUUAAGUCUUCUGCUCUACCUUCCCUGCAUCAUAUACUGCAGUCCUUUUCGCCAUUACCACAAGGUCUGUUUGAUUAUUUUCGACCAAUAUUAUCAUUCAAUCCCUUCAAAAAGUCACAACCCGUACCACUGCUUUGACCACUGUGCCCCAUGCAUC